AUGGACUAUGUGAACAUUUGUCUAGGACUGUUAUUCGCCUGGUUUUUGAUGCGUGGACUCAUUUCACUCAGAAGAACCAAAAGACUAGCACCAGGUCCAUUCUCUUUGCCUAUCAUCGGAAAUCUUCACUUUCUUGGUGACAAACCACACAUAUCACUUGCUCAACUCGCAAAAACUCAUGGUCCAAUUGUGAAUCUCAAACUGGGGCAAAUAAACACAGUGGUCAUUUCCUCAUCAGUGUUGGCAAAAGAAGUCAUGCAAAAGCAAGAUUUAGCCUUUUCCAGUAGGUGUGUUCCUGACGUUCUCCAUGCCGGCAAUCACCAUGAUUUCUCCGUUAUAUGGCUACCUAUCAAUUCUCACUGGAGAACACUUCGCAAGAUUAUGAACUCUCACAUCUUCUCAGGUAACAAGCUUGACGCUAACGAGCAUCUCAGAACUAAAAAGAUUCAGGAGUUGAUUGAUUAUUGCCACAACAGUAGCAAAGUUGGUGAAGCAGUGAAUAUCGGCAGAGCAACUUUCAGGACUUCAUUGAAUUUGCUGUCCAACACCCUUUUCUCCAAAGAUUUGACUGACCCAUUUUCAGAUUCUGCAAAGGAAUUUAAGGAAUUAGUAUGUAACGUCAUGGUUGAAAUUGGAAAACCCAAUUUGGUGGACUAUUUUCCCUUUCUUAAAAAGAUUGAUCCACAAGGUAUUAGGCGACGCAUGACUGAUUAUCUUACAAAGGUUCUUGACCUUAUGAGUGGUUUGGUUGAUGAGCGGCUAAAUGAAAGGAAACUGGGAAACCAUGCAAAUGUUGAUGUUUUAGAUGUCCUUCUGAACAUUAGCCAGCAUCGCCCCGAAGAAAUUGACAGGAAUCAAAUGGAGCAACUGUUUGUGGACUUGAUUGUAGCAGGGACCGAUACUACAUCAAAUACAUUGGAGUGGGCAAUGGCAGAAUUACUCAAGAAUCGACAUACAUUGGAAAAAGCACAAGAAGAACUUGCACAAGUAAUUGGAAGAGGAAAACUAAUAAAUGAAGCUGAUGUUGCAAAAUUACCUUAUUUGAGGUGCAUCGUGAAAGAAACCUUUAGAAUACACCCACAAGUUCCUUUAUUAAUUCCACGCAAAGCAGAGGAAGAUGUUGAUUUUUGUGGCUAUACUAUUCCAAAGGACACACAAGUCCUUGUGAACGUAUGGGCAAUUGGGCGCGACUCUAAUCUAUGGGAACACCAUUUGGACUUUAAGCCAGAGAGGUUUUGGGAGUCAGAGAUAGAUGUUCGAGGUCAGGAUUUUGAGCUAAUUCCAUUUGGUGCUGGUCGAAGAAUUUGCCCUGGAUUGCCUUUGGCAAUCAGAAUGUUUCCAGUAGCACUAGGUUCAUUGCUAAAUGCUUUUAAUUGGAAGCUGCAUGGUGGAAUUGCAUCUAAAGAUUUGGACAUGGAGGAAACGUUUGGUAUUACCUUGGCAAAAGCUCAACCUUUGCUAGCUAUCCCUAUUCCAAUAUAGCUGUUGGGAUAAACUUUAAGUUAGUCAAUAAGACUACCACAAUACGUAUCAUUUCUUUGUAAAUGUAAGGAAGCUAGAAU